AUGUGGGACAAAUUAUCCCUCAGCCGGGGCCGAUGGGCCGCGCUGGCGCAAUAUGCGUGUUUACCCUGGGGUGCUUUUCUCUUGACGACUCUCCUAACUCCAUUCGCCAUCGUUUCACCCUUUUGCUUCCGUUCAGACCUGGCCACGUUCUGCCUGAACCUUGCCGCCCUCUGUGCCGCGAGCACGCUGCUUCGGAAAGCGUCGCCGGAAAUCAUCUUUGCGGUGAUUGCCGUUAUCAAGCACGAAUCCAUCAUUGCGCAAACAGCCAUUGUUGGCGCCAUCCUAUGCAACUUGCUCUUGGUUGUGGGCUCGUGUUUCUUGAUCGGCAGCCGGCCUGAUCAGCGUGGUGACUUUGAAGACUUUCCCCAACUGCUCGCGCAGACGAACUCACAACUACUGAUGACUGGGCUGGGUAGUUUGGUCAUUCCCACCGCCUACUCCGCGUGGUCUGAAGACCGGUCACAAGAUGUCGUUGCCUUGUCGCGAGCGCUCGCGAUCGUCAUGUUAAUCUUGUACGGCUGCAUCUUUUGGUUUUUUCACGGUAGCGACACCGAGGUCAGAGGCACUGCCGGGGUGGUCCUCGUGGGUGUCGUGGCAAUGGCCCCGGCCGCGACGGAAACGGCUACUAAUCUCUCCAAACGGCUGGCGAUUGAGUUCAGGCGUCAUUUGCGAACGCUACAACUCCACCUCCAACCGAUCACGGUAACGGUGGGGGCGGUGAUGGCGGCCGCCAUCACCGUUUUCACGAGUCUAUUCGUCGUUGAGACGAGCGGCGCGCCCGCUGAGAGCCUUCAUGUGACGAAAAGUUUCCUUGGCUUAGUGGUGGUUCCAUUCUUGCUGCAGCUCAGUGAUCAUAUCGUGGGGGCGAUGCAUGCCAGCAAGCACGAAAUCAGCUGGAUAAUCUCCACAUCCAUGCGCGCGAGCUGCCAACAAUACUUCCUCGUCCUCCCGGUGGCCGUGCUGACGGGAUGGGCGGUCGGUGACGCACAAAUCACCCUUCUGUUUGACGGGCUUCAGAUGAUGUCCCUCCUGUUUAGUGGACUGUUAAUCGCCCUUUUUUUGGCGGGGUCGACCGUCUAUUGGUGGGUCGUCAAUUUACUCCCGCGAGAUCUGCGCGGCGAUUACUGA